UAACGUCGCAGCUGUCGUUCUAGCAGGACGUACUUCGGAUAGAAAACCGGAGCGCGCACGUUAUUUACGUUCGACUCGUGCGAACCGAAUUUGUAUCAAAAAAAAAGUAUAUUUUUUAAUAAAUAUAGUUAUGGGAAUCCUGUUUUAAGUGACUUAAAGUGUGGACAUGUUUCUAUUACUUAAAAUCUUGUUUUUUCUCGUAGUUUUAACUCUGAAUAUUUUUGCAGAUAAUUUGGCUCUUUUAUCAGGGACAUUGAAGACAUAUCAAAAAGCCGGUUGCGACAAUGAUAUCGUGGUGCUCAAGUGUCCCGCAGGGACCAACAUCCUGAUCCAGGUAGCGCAGUACGGAAAGUCGGCGCCUUCUAAUGGAUUGUGCGGCCGUCGGGAGGUUGAUGACGGCACAGCUGGGUCCUGCUUGUGGCCGAAAGCACUACAGUACUCGCUCUUACAGACCGUGGUGGAAGCCUGCCAGAAAAAGAGGCAAUGCAAAAUCGACACAUCGCCAGAAACGUUUGGGGGCGACCCUUGUCCCGGCAUGCAGAAAUACGUCGAAAUCGCCUACAAAUGCAGACCAUAUGAAUUUCGCAGCAAAACAGCGUGUGAAAACGAAAUACUUCAGUUGAAAUGUAACCCGCACUCAAGAGUCGCAGUUUACAGCGCCAGUUAUGGCCGAACUGAAUAUGAAAGCUACCAGUGUCCCCAGCCGCAAGGAGUGGCCGAAGAAACUUGUUUAGUAAGUUACGCUAUGGAAACUGUGAUGCAAAUAUGCCACGGAAAACGAAGCUGCGAACUAUCGGCUGACGCUAGUACGUUUGGAAAUCCCUGUAGACCAGAAUCGAGGAUGUACUUGAAAGUGGUAUACACGUGCGUGCCACGAAAGAUCCUAAAGGAGCAGUACGAGGGCAGGCUCGAGCCUGACGAAUUGGAAACGGAAAAUGACAACGAAGACCCCGAGUUUGAUAACUACGACGACGGGAAGGAAUUCAUAAGAGAGUCGGCCGCCUCACCACCCGCCCCCAGCAUCGUUGGGUCGCCGAAAGGGGACAACCUAACAAACGACCUGGCCGCCACCAGUUCGAAGCUGCCCCCGCAAUUUAAAGCGAAGGAACGCGAACCAGCGAGCUUUGAUUCCCUAGCGUCCCGAGCAAAAAGCACGCCUCGCGCCCACAAGUCCUACCCUCGAUCCCACCGCCCCCAUUACCGCCACAGCCGAGAAAAAAGCAAAGCCCUCAAAGACAUGCAGGCCGAUCAUAUCCCGUUCAGAUAUUGCAAUACCACCAAACGCACCGAUAGCGAUAAAGGUAUAGGAUUCGUUUCUGAUUGGAUUAAUACCUACUGGUUUCUUACACAAAAUCAAGAACGCUUUUAUUUGUAUUUAAUCAUAAGCGUGGGCGGCGGGGUUGUUCUGUGUCUUACCAUCCUCGUGGUAAGACUCCUUCUCCAAAGACGUAACGCAAAACAAGAACCCAAGUUUCAACAAACCGACAUAACAGAUAAUUCACUCCCUAACGGAUUCACCGAUGACAUUAGUGAAGUUGAUGCUGACAUCGACCUCACGCCAUCAUUACCACCAACUCAUGUACUAAGUCCUCACACUGCUUUACCCUUGGGGAGUAUAGCCGAAGUGGUGAGAUAUCCCCAGGUUCAUAAUCAUACCCUGAGGAAACCAAGUAUUGAAAUGGACGUACCUAGGAGUUUAAGCGGAUCCGCAAAUAGCCAUUAUUAUUACGGGUGACCAGAGUACCCGGGCAGAAGACAAGGUCCCGUCAACGCGACACCAACGUCUACGUGCCCGGGACAGCGUACCUACUGUUUCUAAGAGUGGACCAGACUUCCUUAGUGUGUAUGUGUGACUGUUAUAUUUAUUUGUACAAAAUAUUCCCCGAAAGUGAAUCUGUCUGUAAAUAACUGUUUAUGCAAAAAAUAACACAGGGUGAAUAUGAAACCAUCUCCCAGAAUAUAAUUAAUUAGAAUUUUCUAAAUAUACCUCAAAUAUUUUAAAGGA